AUGUACACGUGCCUCGUCGUGCCCAGCGCCAUCGAGGCGAAGCCCGGCGUCGAGAGCCUCCUCUUCUUCGACGGCGUCUGCAACCUCUGCGACGGCUUCGUCGGCUUCGUCGCGGACCACGACUCGGGCAAGCGCAUCAAGUUCGGCGCGAUCCAGCGCCACGGGGACCUGCUGCGCUUCCACGGCGCGGGCCAGUACGCCGAGGGCGGCGCGGAGGCGCUCACGACCGUCGUCCUCGUCCAGGACGGCGCGAUCUACACGCGGUCCGACGCCGCGCUCCGCGUCUUCGCGCUCCUCGACGCGCCGGCGCGCUACGUCGCGGCCUUCCACCUGCUGCCGGCGCCGCUCCGCGACGCGGGCUACAAGCUCGUCGCCAAGUACCGCUACAAGAUGUUCGGCCAGGUCGAGAGCUGCCGCGAGCCCACGCCCAAGUUCCAGAGCCGCUUCCUCGACUACGAGCCCGCGGACGGCGACCCGCCGACCUGGAGCCACUAG